AUGUUUCUUACGUUGGUAUACACGGAUUGGGCAAAUCAUUACCUGGAUAAAGCAAAAUGCAAAAAACACAUUCAAGAUUUACAAACUGAUGUCACAGAUGGAGUGGUCUUAGCGGACGUCAUCGAAGCCGUCACCAACCAGAAAAUAUCGGAUAUAAACAGAAAACCAAAAACAUCAAUGCAAAUGGAUACCACUGAUGACGAUGACUAA